AUGCAUAUAAGUAUCUUCCAAAAUACGGAAGCUGAAACCAUUAAAAAUUACUCUGCCUACUCAAGAUUUUACAAAAAAGAAUGCAAGAUUGUUUUAGGAAAACAGAAUGAUGAUGGAACUGAUGAGUCAGAUGAAGAAUGCCUUGAUGUUGGGCCACCUCCUACGAAUGCUGAAUUGUUGAAUGCUUUGAAAAGUGCUGCGACAAUAUCUCAUUAUAUUCUACUGGUUGUGAGCAUCAUCAUGAUGAGCUUUACUAUGGCAAUAAUUCCAUUCUGCCAGGCACUUUGGGUACUGGCAAUCGUCCUCGCUAUUAUGGGCUUCUUCAUGGGUACAGUUGAUACCGUUGCAAAUGUGUCCAUGAUUAGAAUUUAUGGAAGAGAUGUAUCUCCAUUUCUACAAGCACUACAUUUUUUCUAUGGAGUGGGUGCUUUUAUAAGUCCAAUGAUUGCUCAGCCUUUUCUUUUAAAUGAAGAUUGCACGCCUUUCCUUGACAACCAAUCGGAACCCGUUCAUAUACUAGAUCAAAAUGAAACUCUUCCAGCAAAGAAUCUUCAAGAAGCUCAGAGAAUGACACACAUUGAUUAUGCAUUCUGGAUAAUGGCCGGAUUGAUGAUUCCAGUUGCGUUGUUGAGUCUUACAUUGCUUGGAAAAGAUGUAUAUCUAAAAAUGUUUGGAAGACCUGGCGAUAUAAAUCAGAACAAACAAGAUCAAUACGAAACAUCUACGGACGAAAAGUAUGAUACUAGCCCUGUAUCGACCUUCCAAACAAUAACAAUUACACUAUUAUGCGCUUCUUUAAUGUUCUUAUAUGACGGCUUACAAGCUAUUUAUGGUGGAUAUCUAUACUCUUACGCUGUUAAAGGUCCGGUUAAUUUGAAGAAAUCAAAUGCAGCUUACUUAAAUGCAUUUUUUUGGGGAAUGUUCGCUACUGGACGAUUACUAUCCAUAGCCCUAGCUACACGACUUGCUCCUGCUUUCAUGCUGGGAUGCAAUAUAGUUGGCUGCACACUAGGAAUGCUCUUCAUGCUAGCUUUCAACCAUAGUAAAGCAGUUCUUGUUAUGGGUACCUGCAUCAUUGGAUUAUUCAUGAGCUCCGUCUUCCCAACCGCCCUUUCAUUGACUGAGGAGUACAUAAAAGUAACACCUACUAUUACCACAAUACUCGUAUUUGGUGCUGCACUCGGAGAAAUGUCCAUGCCAGUAAUUUUAGGACAUGAAUUUGAACGUGCUGGACCUAUAACGUUCUUAGUAACUGGAGUGGUUCUCUGCUUUUUGUCUCUUAUAAUUUACAUGGCUUUGUGGAUCGUUGGUCAUUCAGUUGUUCGUUAUACAGCCACUGGUGGAUUUUUGAGCUUUUUUUCGUCCUGUUUUCCCUCAAAAUCUGCUGCUGAAGGAGAAGAUACCGGCCUCACAACACAGCAUGUCCGAUACUAUUCGAGGAUGAGGUAUGACGAAUCACAAAACAGUUUAGGAGAACCUCAAUACACAGAAUCAUCCUUCACCGAGCAGCAAAGUGAGAGACGGCAACAAUGA